AUGGCUGCAUUGUCCUGGGAAAGGUUCAAGGAAGAGUUUGACAACAGAUUCUUCCCAGACUCUGUCAAACAAUUGAAAGCCUUGGAGUUUGCAUCAUUAACACAAGGUAGUUUGACUGUAGAGCAGUAUGCCGCUAAAUUCAUGGCAUUGGGAAGAAUAGAGAAUUACCAAGAGUUGGUAAAUGUAGCGACGAUAGCAGAGGCUGAGCAGAAGGAAUUGGCGAUCCAGAACAUGACCGAUCGAAAGAGAGCCAUGCCAUUUACUACAAGCAGUAGUGCUGAGAAAAAGAGGUCUUUUUCUAGUCCGGAGAAAGGCAAGGGAAUAAUGAUUGGAGGACAGAAGCCGUCCUUUUAUUCACCAUGCCCUAAGUGUGGUAAGCUUCAUUCUGGAGAAUGUUACAAGGGAUAUGGAGUCUGUUACCGAUGUGGAAAACCAGGACAUAUGAUUAGAGGUUGUCCUAACGCCAAACAAGGUAGUGGAGCUGGUGAUCGCAAGCCAAGGCCCCACAUCCCGGCACGAGUGUAUGCAGUAACACCCGGAAGGGUUAAUUUGUUUAGGUUCUCGGCUUGUGCACUAUUCGAUUCAGGUGCGUCGCAGUCCUUUGUGUUUGCAGCGUUUGCACAAAUUUGUAGUUUGCAGACUGAACUCUUACCACGACGGGUUGUAGUAUUAAUUCCCGAUGGGAAUACAGUAUCUUGUACCCUUUUAGUUAAGGAUUGUCCGUUAGAGCUAGAAGGAAGGACACUGAAGGCUAACUUGUUAGUAUUCGGUCAGAUGGAAUUCAACCUGAUUUUGGGGAUGGACUGGCUUUUCAAGCACUACGCUAAGAUAGACUGUCGGAAACGAGAGGUUGUGUUUGAACCUCCAACUGAAGACAGGAUGAGUUACGCAGGAACAUCAGUUAAGGCCACCCCACCUUUGAUCUCGGCGUUGCAAGCUAGGAAGUGUAUCGAUAAUGGAGCCUCAGCGUUUCUAUUGAUAACUGUAGAGGAGACAACCAAAACUAUAGGAAUCCAAUGGAUACCUGUGGUUGAAGACUUUCCUGAAGUUUUCGUUGAUGAGUUACCUGGUUUACCACCGGAUAGAGAAGUAGAAUUCCAAAUAGAGUUGGAGCCGGCAACAACUCCGACUCACAAGGCGCCAUAUCAUUUUUGCUAUCUGAACUUUUUUAUGUCGUUAUGCUCUGUUGACGACUGGGUGGAGCACAUUCUAGAACCACAAGAAGCUGGUUGCAGGGGACAAGCUGAUUGA